CUCUUGGGAAAAUCAGAUGACCUGGCCACGUGCUCCCGUGAAAGCUGUCCUACAGCUGCUCUGAAAAGGUGUGUCACCGGCGUGACGUCACGCUGUACCUGAGUUUCGGUGAGGAAAGGGGGAAGAACCAAGCCGAGGGAACAACAUCAGCCCUAAAGACAAAUCCCACUUAAACAUUUCACCUGUAGUUAUGCCACAAUCCGCAGUGAAAGUGACUAUGGGUGUACUUUGGUCCAUAUGAGCCCACAGGAGAGGGUUUUGGCGGGUUUUCAGAGGAAACAGACGCUUUUAAGUCCCAGCUGUUGGUCAGCGGGCCGACAAGGAAAAUACCUUUCCUACUUCCUGGUUCUCUUCAGCCAGUCGACAUGUCUGUCACCCCUCGACGGGUCCGAUUGAAGCCAUGGCUGGUGGCGCAGGUGGACAGCGGGAGAUACCCUGGUCUGACAUGGAUUGACCGCGAGAACAUGCGCUUCAGGAUCCCCUGGAAACACGCAACAAGACACACUCCGCAGCACGAGGACGAGGACACCAUUUUUAAGGCGUGGGCUGUGGAGACCGGGAAGUUCCAGGAGGGGGUUGAUGAACCUGAUCCUGCAAAGUGGAAAGCUCAGCUCCGGUGUGCCCUGAACAAAAGUCGAGAAUUCAACCUGGUCUACGAUGGCACCAAAGAGGUUCCCAUGAAUCCUCUGAAGAUAUAUGAUGUAUGCGACAUCCCACAGCCGCUGAGUAACCAAGGCUCCUCAGAUGCAGGAUCUUGGACCCCACAUGAUGAUGAUGUUGUGGAGGAAGAUGUUCCAGAUACACCAGAGUCCCUUCCACCAUACCCAUCCAACGGCACCAGUCCCUCUCCCCUCAUCAUGUGGUCUCCUAUGAGUUCAGGGUCCCCCAUGCAGCCCCCCAGUUGUCCUCCUUCAAAUGAGGUCUGGCCCAAAGAGGAGCCUGGCAAAAUCUGGCCAAAAGAAGAGCCUGUAGAUGUGGAGAUGCAACCAACACCCCUGAGUGACCUGCCCCCUGCACCUCUGCCUGAUCACUCAAUGCAGCCCCCUUCUCUACCAGAUGCCCUGUUUGCCUCUCCUGAAACCUGGAUCAGUUCUCUCCCAAUGACAGACCUGGAGGUGACGUUCCAGUACAGAGGGAAGGAGAUGUGUCCCACAGCCAAUGUCAGUAACCCUCAAGGCUGCAGGCUUUUUUAUGGAGACCUGGGACCCAUGGUGAACCAGGAGGAGUUGUUUGGACCAAUAAACCUGGAGCAGCUGCGAUUCCCGACCACAGAGCACAUCACCAACGACAAGCAGAGGGUCUUCACCAACCGGCUGCUGGAUGUGAUGGACAGAGGCCUCAUCCUGGAGGUCAGUGGCCACGACAUCUAUGCGAUUCGGCUCUGCCAGUGUAAGGUGUACUGGUCUGGCCCUUGUGCUCCAAAUCCAACUGCACCAAACCUCAUAGAGCGUCAGAGGAAGGUCAAACUCUUCUGCCUGGAGUCUUUUCUCAGUGGGGUGAUCGCCCACCAGCGUGGCCUGACAUCAAUCCCCCCUAACUUUGAGAUCAACCUAUGUUUUGGAGAGGAGUGGCCUGAUGGGAGGCCCAGAGAGAGGAAACUCAUUAUGGUUCAGAUCAUCCCCGUCGUGGCCCGUAUGAUAAGCGAGAUGUUCUCUGGAGACAACACGCGUUCCUUUGACAGUGGCAGCGUUCGCCUCCAGAUUUCAAUCCCAGAUAUCAAAGACAACAUAGUGACCCACCUGAAGCAGCUGUACUGUCUGCUGCAGACCCACCAGGGUCAGGACGGCUGGGCGCUGCCCCCAGGCCCCGGUCUGAACAUCGUGCAGGCUCUGCAGGCACAGUGAAGCAGCACACACAGUGAACCUACAUGUAUGCAAAGUUUGUUUCAAACUGCUUCUGAGAGUUACCCACUGUUAGCAAAAAGUACUUAUGUGUAAUCAGUUUAGAGGUGUGCACAGUAUACUGUAGGACUCGUGUUUUUUCAGCUUCUCUCUAGUACUGUGAUGAUACUUUUCUGUAUAUAGAAGUAUUUUCUUUAAUGCCUGCAUUACGUAUGUAGGGACCGUAGACAGAUGACUACAUGGGCCAAAGUCCUGCUUGCUGUGAGGGAAUAUUUAACAAAGUUAAUGAGUUACAAAACAGGUCUGUGACUACCACACUUUUUUUUAGAGUCAGACACAAAGUAGUCACACUUUUUAUCCUCUGACCUCAUAGAGUGUUGUGUAGCAGCACAUACAGCAUGGGGUUUUUGAAUAAAAGCAAACAUAAAUUAAAGUGAGGACUCCAUUUACAUGUGAUCAAGCAGUCAAGCUGUGUGGCUUCUUUUUACUCUGUAAUUAUGUGUUGUACAUUUAUUUUGGACAAAAAGUCUACAGUUUUGUCUCUGGUUGUUUUAUUUCUCUUUUUGUUCUGUCGGAUAUAUUUUUUUAUUCACAUCUUUGAUUUUUAGCCUUUUAUUGUUUCCAGGCAGACAUUAACUAAACAACGUUCAGCUUUAUGGAUCUGUUUUGAUAUGGAUGCCACUGCACUUUGGGGUGCUGAAAUAUGUUUGAUUCCUAGUUGAAUGUAAGUGCAUCUAACAUAUGAUUGUACUCUUAUUUUAUCAAUAAAAAUGCCAAAAUCA